ACAAUUUGUCCAAUACUCAUAUUUCCGCUCAAUCGAAGGGGGCGAGUUUUUCGAUCUGUACAUUGGAGCGAGUAGGUUUUCCUAUGUUUAUUUCCUAGUACAGAUGCGAACGGACAAGAAUUUCCUUUGAUAAUUGUUAAGCUAAUUUCCUGUAAAAGGCAGGUGAAUGUUUACUUUGGACAUUAGUCAUCGUUGUUCUUUCAACCUUUUGAACCAUUACGUCAGUCCACCAUGUACAAAAUUUACAAGUAAUCAUUAUUUUUCUGAUUCCAAUUUAAUGUGUAUACUUCAUCUUUUGAAUAUUUCAUUUUUCUGAGUGUACUCAAAAUUUAAAUUGCAUUCCCGAUCUAAAU